GAUUUCCUAAGUGUGGCUGAUGGUAGUAGCCUCUAGUUUGAAGUGAAGGAAGAAUGAGUAGUCCGGAACUGGUCACUUUGAAUUUGGGAGGGAAGAUAUUCACGACAAGGUUUUCUAUGAUAAAGCAGUUUCCUGCUUCUCGGUUGGCAUGCAUGUUAGAUGGCAGAGACCAAGAAUUCAAGAUGGUUGGUGACCAGAUUUUUGUAGACAGAGAUGGUGAUUUAUUUAGUUUCAUCUUAGAUUUUUUGAGAACUCACCAGCUUUUAUUACCCACUGACUUUUCAGACUAUCUUAGGCUUCAGAGAGAGGCUCUUUUCUAUGAACUUCGUUCUCUAGUUGAUCUCUUAAACCCAUACCUGCUACAGCCAAGACCUGCUCUUGUGGAAGUGCAUUUCCUAAGCGGGAACACUCAAGCUUUUUUCAGGGUGUUUGGCUCUUGCAGCAAAACAAUUGAGAUGUUAACUGGGAGGAUUACAGUGUUUACAGAACAACCUUCAGCGCCGACCUGGAAUAGUAACUCUUUCCCUCCUCAGAUGACCUUACUUCCACUGCCUCCACAAAGACCUUCUUACCAUGACCUGGUUUUCCAGUGUGGUUCUGACAGCACUACUGAUAACCAAACUGGAGUCAGGCUGGUGUGCAAUGGCGUGAUCUCGGCUCACCACAACCUCCGCCUCUGGGGUUCAAGUGAUUCUCCUGCCUCAGCCUCUCGAGUAGCUGGGAUUACAGAGGCUUUUGACCCCAAGUUGUGCUCUUUGACAAUGGAGAGUUAUUGCGUAAAAAGUGACAAUAAAAUCUUGACAUUUCAUAUCUGCAAAAUUUCACUUAAAGGAGUCAAGAAAAGAAAGGAGAAGUUAGCAGACCAGGCAUGUAAAUCAGAUGUAACUCUUCGGCUAGAAUGCCAGGUCUUUGUGCUGUACUGUUUCUUGAAACUGGAGACUAGCACACUUCCCCCAAUUCAAUUACUUGCUUUCCAUUUGAGAAAUUAA